AUGUCUCAAGAGAAACGAGUAAAAUAUACAGAUCCAAAUUUUGAGGAAACAGUACCACGUUGGUUUGAGGAAGUCGAUAGCGAAGAUAAAGAAAAUGUUAGUGAAUGUGAGGAUAAUCUCGAAAUUCUAUCUGAAACCGGUAGUAUAAUCUCCUUGAACGAAAUUUCAGGAAGUGACGAUGAGAAUAAUUUGCAAGCUACGAAUAUUAUUCUUGUAAAGAAUGGUUUCAGGUGGAGCAUGGACGAACCACCCAAAACUAAAACUGCUUCUCGAAAUAUAGUAGUAAAAGCGCCUGGAAUAAAAGGCAACGCAAAACACAUUGCAAAUGUAUUACAAGCAUGGCAAACUCUUUUUCAAACCCCUAUGAUUGAUAGCAUUGUAAUUUACACAAAUUUAGAAAUUUCUAGACAAAGAGAUAAUUACAAGGAUGCUAAGUUUGUUGAUCCUACUGACUCAGUGGAAAUAUUAGCUUUGAUAGGACUUCUAUACAUAUCAGGUGCUCGAAAAGAUGCACAUCUAUCUAUUUGCGAGAUGUUUUCCAAACAAAGCUCUAAGAUUUAUUAUUAUUAUGAGUGA